AAAUCAAACAAUUUGUGCAUGUCACUCGAUUCGAAGUAUUUCGAAGCGAAUAAAACUAAUUUUUCCAUAAAAAUCAUACAAAAUGUUGAGCGUUAACGAGAACUUUCCUGAAUAUGCUGUGCCUGGUGCGAAACAGCAUCGUUUCGAGCCCUACGCGGACAACGGAGGUAGUAUUGUAGCCAUCGCCGGCGAUGAUUAUGCCGUUAUCGGAGCAGACACUCGUCUCAGCACUGGAUUUUCCAUAUAUACCAGAGACCAAAAAAAGCUGUUCAAAUUAUCUGAGAGUACAGUAUUGGGAGCGACUGGCUGCUGGUGUGACACAUUAACCUUGACGCGUCUUCUACAAGCGAGGAUGCAGAUGUACGAACACGAGCAUAACAAAUCUAUGACCACUCCGGCAGUCGCACAGAUGCUCUCAACUAUGUUGUAUUACAAACGAUUUUUCCCAUACUACGUAUCCAACGUGUUGGCGGGUUUGGACAGCGACGGUAAGGGAUGUGUAUAUAGUUACGACCCUAUCGGACACUGUGCGCGCCAUAACUUCCGCGCUGGUGGUUCCGCUGCUGCACAGCUGCAACCGCUCCUCGACAAUCAAAUUGGCUUAAAGAAUAUGCAGAAUGUAACAGAAGCUCCUUUGCCUAGGGAAAAGGCCCUUGCUCUUCUGAAGGAUGUGUUCAUCAGUGCUGCAGAACGUGACAUUUACACUGGAGACUCCAUCUACAUUCUCAUCAUCACUGCAAGUGGUAUUCAAGAAGAGAAAUUUGAACUUCGCAAAGAUUAAUUUGUUACAAAAAAAAGUAAUAAAUAUUUCAUACAAGAAAAUAAUUUUGUUACUUAUAUUUCUGAAUAAAAACUCAUUUAUAACAAA